CCGUUGAUGGUGGCAGACCAAAAAGUUUCACCGUGGGCCGUUGAACAGACGAUUCAAACUCUAGUCAUCUAGCUUUUCCUUGUGUUUGCAGAGUCGCAUCUCUCUCUCUCUCUCUCUCUCUCUCUAUAUCUCUCCGAGUCUUUCUUUUGUUUGCCUUGCUCGGCGAGAACCGCGUUUUAAUUGAGCAGUUUCUGGGUUGCAUUCAUUUUUGGGCAUUAAGGUUUAAAAGGUCAACAAGCAGUAAAGCCACAAAUGCAGGCAUCAAGAGCAAGGCUAUUCAAAGAAUACAAAGAGGUGCAGCGAGAGAAAGUAGCUGAUCCAGAUAUUCAACUUGCUUGUGAUGAUACUAACAUAUUUAAAUGGACUGCUCUUAUUAAGGGACCAUCAGAGACUCCCUAUGAGGGUGGUGUAUUCCAGCUUGCUUUUGCUGUUCCGGAGCAGUAUCCUCUGCAGCCUCCGCAAGUGAGGUUUUUAACCAAAAUUUUCCAUCCAAAUGUGCAUUUCAAGACAGGAGAGAUUUGCCUUGAUAUUUUGAAGAAUGCCUGGAGCCCUGCCUGGACACUUCAAUCUGUUUGUAGGGCUAUAAUUGCUUUAAUGGCUCACCCAGAGCCUGAUAGUCCGCUCAACUGUGAUUCAGGCAAUCUUUUGCGAUCUGGUGAUAUUAGAGGGUUCCAUUCGAUGGCAAGGAUGUAUACUAGGCUUGCAGCCAUGCCUAAGAAAGGCUGAAUGGUGAUUUGCAAUUGAUUGCCUUUUAUAUCGGAAAGCAUGAUGUUCUUGACGAUUGGCCUGGGUCUAAUUGUAUCAUAGUGUCAUGGUUGUAAUAAUCAGAAAACCAUUCCUCCCUGAUAAUAUUAAUUUGUAGUCUUUCAUUUUAAAAUUUUUGCACAUAAUAUUGUGAUCGAAGGCAGGAAAACACCUUGCCAUUUGUUCACGUUGUUUGAUGUCUGUGGGAUGUUUAAUUAAAGUUAUUGACUCUUCGAGAAUUUGUGAACACAA